UAAGUCACGGAUAAAAUUCGAAAUCUGGGUAAAUACAAAUGGUCUUGACUUUGGUACUGUCGUGUUUCCCCCAAACCUCUACUCAUAGCAAAACAUCUCUUUUUCCGGUUCUUUUGACGGUCGUCGGAACUUGUACAAAAUGGCCAAGCGUACAAAGAAGGUUGGAAUCACUGGGAAAUAUGGUACCCGUUAUGGUGCCUCCCUCAGAAAGAUGGUCAAGAAAAUGGAAAUCACACAACACAGCAAAUACACUUGCACGUUUUGUGGCAAGGAUGCGAUGAAGCGAAGUGUAGUUGGUAUUUGGUCUUGCAAACGUUGUAAGAGGACUGUAGCAGGAGGUGCUUGGGUUUAUUCAACCACAGCAGCUGCUUCAGUCAGGUCAGCUGUACGUCGUCUGCGUGAAGUUAAGGAACAGUAAAUUUAAACAAUAAACGCCUAUUCCAACUAA